GACGCGAAGUAUACCGUGCUCAGGCAUGUAGCCGACUGUCAAGUACCAGCUGUUGCGCCGUACUGAUUUUCCGUGGCUUCACGCCGACUCGGUUUUGCAGCAAUUUAAUCGAAUAAGUGUGUCACGCGGCUCGUAACUCCGAUCGACAUGAGCCGCACUUUUAUCGGUGACCUGCUAAUUUUUCUAUCGCUCGUUGUUGCCAGUUUAGCGAAGGAAAAGUUAACGAACACACUGUUCCUCGGUGAUGGAAGUGUAUUUCAGGUGAAUUUAACUAGACUACAUGAUUAUUCACCAUAUACAAAACGAAUAGCUAUUGAAGCCAAUAGUAAAUCAGUGUUUAAUAUAACAAACGUUUCCUCCAGCGCUUCAUUUAUUAUUUUCCAAAUUCAUACCUAUCAGUACAAUGUCACAUUCUCCUAUGAUAAAGAUUAUCUUGAUUCAAAUAGAAGUGUAUUUGGAUCAAAUGUCGGACUUUUCUCUAAACUAACUACAAAUAUAGUGACACAACUGUACGUGAAGAAUGAUAAUGUCCACAAAGUUGAGGCUCUACUCGUUGCUAUUGCUUACCACGACAAAUCACCCGUACCGGGUGGAUGCAACAUGGAGUUUAAUACCGAAAUCGCGCCGUACGCGAUGGUACAGACAGGCGACACGAUGAUCAUCGUCGACGUACAACCUGCCUCGGCACCGUUCAACAGCGUACGACCCAAUUGCGAAAAGAACGUGGUGACGGUCGAGAUGUAUCACAUGUUCCUGAGUAGCUGGGACUUCAGUCUCGAUAGUUAUUUCGCGGCUAUCAUAAACAUGCUGACUGUCACGGAUAUCAAGGAGAACGGAGUGGAGGUAACGAGUUCCAGUGUUUUCUCGCCGAUGAGGCGAGUGUUCAACGCGUACACUGGUGUUGGCUCGGUUUACGUCGCAGUGGCUACUUACGGAGACUAUUCCGCGGCCUAUGUGCCAGCUUUCUCAUACGCCUGUCAUCCCAUAACUGAUCCUGACUCUUGCAAAAUUUUAUCCGGUUUUUGGUCGAACCUCUUCUGUGUACUCUGUUUCUUCGUGGGACUAUUAUCGUUGUGCCUGGGUCACUAUCAAAUUCUUAUCGACAUGGCAGUACCGAUGCUCUUCAUGGGAACUGUGAUCGGUUACGCUGCACUAGGAAACAUUGGACUUGCUCUGUUAAUGGGCUUGGGUUUCAUAGUAGUGUGGAUAGCGUCCAAACUUAUCUCGAUUUUCAACAAGCUAAUAUUAAAUCUGACGCUAGGCUGGUUCUUCGGAUGCGUCGUUUACUUCAACUCCCCAGAUUCGUUUACAAUUCUACAGAACAACGGGAUUUUUUGGACCUUCUUCGUGUUUUUGAGUCUUGGUAUAGCUUUGAUCAUACUGUUAUUUGAUGACGUUGCUUCUGUUAUUACGUGUGCAACAUUCUCGUCCUUCAUGGUGAUCCUGUCGCUUGAUUAUUGGAUUGGUUCUACUCUGAAAUAUAUUAUAAUAAACUUUAUAAGGAGGAUUACCGUUGAGGGAUUUAACUUAGCCAUUAUCGGACCUCCAAUUCACACUAUAGAUAUAUGCCUUAUCGUGCUGUGGUCAUGUCUAGCGCUGUUUCGUUUCUCGAAACAAUGGUGCUCAAGAGGAUAUAGUAGUGAACUAGUAGAAACUGAUCCAUUACUUCCACAUUUCUAAAAAAUCUUAUGUUACGUUUAAUUUUAUGUUAACACUAAUAGACUGUUUCAUUUUCAUGAUUUAUAUUUACGUUGCAAUUAUUAUAUGUAAGACGAUAUUACGAGCUUGUGUGCGAAAUGCAAUUUAUUGUAACUAAAACAACCAAAUAAUAGUUCUUAAUAAUAAUAAUAAUAAGUAUAUGUAACAUAUGUCCCGUU